UACCAGCGAAAAAUCAUCUAUUACAAUUAUUUCAUGUAGAUCUACCACGUUCUGCGGCAGCGUUGUACUGAACCAAUGAACUGGUCAAUGAAUUAUGUAGAUGCGGAUUUCUGGGAGAAGAAGGAACUACUAUAGUAUGGCUGCCGAUCAGCUAGUGCUGGAUGUGGACUUCUGCCGGAGCUUUUUCCCGAGUUUGGCGGAUGGCCUGGUAUACAUGGAGAACGCUGGCGGUUCGUAUGUUCCCCAGUCGGUGAUUGAUUGCACGGUCAGCUUUCUUACGCACCACCGGCGGCAGCCGUAUGCCCACUAUGAGAAAGGUGCCGAAGCCAAGCAGGGCAUACGCCUGGGGGAGACAAAGCUGGCAGAGAUGCUGGACGUGGAGACCGAUCAGCUGAUUUUCGGAGCGAACACCACGGUAAAUUUCUACGUUCUGGCGCAAGCUCUGCGUACAAAGAUGAGUCCAGGUGAUGAGAUUGUUGUAAGCCACCAAGACCACGAGGCCAACAUUGGAUGCUGGCAGAGACUAAGCGAAACAGGCAUUGUUGUUCGUGAAUGGAAGGUGGAUGCCACCACAGGACUGCUGUCCGUGGACGAUCUGCGUGCUCUGCUGUCGGCCAAGACGAAAGUCGUGUGCUUCACACACGCGUCCAAUGUAGUGGCAGCCACCAACAAUGUGGGCUUGAUCGCCAAGCUGGUUCAUGAAGCAGGGGCAUUGGUUUGUGUGGAUGGUGUGGCAUACACCCCUCAUUCACCAUUGAAGUUCAAAGAAUGGGAUGUAGACUUCUACGGGUUUAGCCUGUACAAAGUGUUUGGACCGCACUUGGGAGUUUUGUACUGCAAGAAAGGCAUGGAAAAGCAUUUCAGAAAUCAGAACCACUUCUUCCUGGAGGGCAUAAUGCCAGCAAUGCUGAACCCUGGUGGCGGGCUGUACACCAGUGUUGCCUCAACAGCGGGUGUUGUGGAUUAUAUUGAGACUGUGUAUAAGCAUCAUUACCAGCCCGACAAACAAUCAGCUUCCAGUGAAGACGAUUCUCUGCACAUAAGGUACUGCAAAGUUUUUGGCUUGUUCGAGAAACACGAGGAAAUGCUCAGCACUCGACUGAUCGACUUCCUCAAGUCCAUGAAGGGGGUGCGUGUUUUUGGCCCAGCGGUGGGCGAUCACAAGGUCAGAAUGCCGACGAUUGCGUUUGCCGCUGACGGCGUAUCAUCUCAGGAUAUGGUGCGCAAGGUGGCCGAGUCCAAAAUUGCCAUAGCGGUCAGUGAGCACUUCUACUCAUGCCACCUGGCUGAGUCACUAGGCAUCGAUGCCAAGGACGGUGCAGCACGGGUGUCUAUGGUUCACUACAACACGCUGGAGGAAGUGGAUCGACUGUGUACUGCACUCAAACCAAUUCUCUCCGCCGCUGAAUAGGAACUGAAUAGGCGACGAGGAGACAAUAACUUUAUUACAGCUUCAUGUUGUUGUUGUCGUUGUUGACUUUUGUUGUACUUCACCAAUUUGAAUUGCACACGCAUGAUUGCCUUCUCACCGUCCCAUAGGUCCGGUUCUCACAGAAAGAUGAAGGUCACUCAGCUUUGGUAUUAGUUCACACCGUUGGAACACUCAGAUCUUUUCUUCUUCUUUUUCGUCUUCUCUCCCAUUGUUUUCACAUCUCACCUUUAUACUUCCCACUAUCCUCCAGACGUAUACCGGUAAGUUAGUUUGUUUCCCCACAUACGUGUAGCUUCUGUUGUGAGACAAUUUUCCCUGAUGAUAGUCUCAAGAAAAUCGAUUAGGAACCUUGUUCUUUGCAUAAUGUCCGCUUCGCUGAUACUAGUUAUCUCUGUAAUGUAAUGAAUAGGAACUUUUUUUGAGCAUUGGAAGCAUUGAAGCAACUCA